CACUAUUUAACCAAAUUGAUUACUAUAAAGUAUGUAUGUGAUUACUUAACCGUCUAUCAUUGGAUUUUAGCUGCAUUUGCCAUCAAAGCUUCCCAAAUACUGUCAACCUCGCCACUCAUAUCUCUGCACUCAGAAAGCUUCAGAUAUGGUGUCGCUAAAGCUUCAGAAGCGGCUCGCCGCUAGUGUCCUUGGUUGUGGAAAGAAGAAGACUUGGCUUGAUCCUAAUGAAACUUCUGAGAUAUCCAUGGCUAAUUCCCGACAAAACAUAAGAAAAUUGAUUAAAGAUGGAUUUAUCAUCAGGAAACCAGCUAAUAUCCAUUCUCGUUCCCGUGCUCGCCGAAUGAAAGAAGCAAAGAGGAAGGGGCGCCACUCUGGAUAUGGUAAACGUAGGGGUACUAGAGAAGCAAGGUUGCCGACGAAAGUUCUUUGGAUGAGGAGAAUGCGUGUGCUGAGACGCCUGCUCCGCAAGUACCGGGAAUCCAAGAAAAUUGACAAGCACAUGUAUCAUGACAUGUACAUGAAGGUCAAAGGUAAUGUCUUCAAAAACAAGCGUGUGCUGAUGGAGAACAUCCACAAGUCAAAGGCUGAGAAGGCUAGAGAAAAGACCCUCUCUGACCAGGUUGAGGCAAGGCGUGCCAAGAACAAGGCUAGCAGGGAAAGAAAGAUUGCUAGAAGGGAUGAACGUCUAGCUCAGGGCCCUGUCGAGAAAGCUCCAGCACCAGCAGCAGCCCCUAAGCCAGCAGUGCCAACCAAGAAAUCCAAGAAGCAAAGCAGUUGAUUUCAAAGUAAAUUUCGAGAAGGGUUCUAUUUUUUGUUGGAGCAACUGUGCAAGACCGCUAGAUUAGUGAAACAAACUUGUACUUUCUUGUGCUUGAAAUCCAAUUUUUGACCCAAGAUUCCAAAAGUGAUGGUCAUUCUUUUUUGUGUUUGACUUUUUUUAAAAAUAUUCUCAAAUUAGAUAAUUUUAUGACGA